AGAACUCACCGGAUGACCCACGACCACGUGGUGCUGAGAGGGACAGGCUCCUCCGAAAGGAGCAGAUUUUGGCUGUGGCCAGGUAAAUGUCUGUUGCCAUGCAACUUACGUCAGUGGUUUUCAGGAAGAAAGUGCAGGAGAGCAGUGCCUGAGUGGCAGGUGACCAGCAAACAAUGUCCUGAGGCUGAUGAAGAGGCCAAGUAGACUGACCACUGGGACUGAGCCCCAGAAGAGCCAUCUGCAGCAGGGACUGACCCACAAGCUGACAAGCCCUCUUCUCCUGAGACCACUGAAAGCCUUUUUACCCCCUCCCCCCAUCUGUCCUUUUAUGGGCCAGAACCCGCCAUCACUUCAGAAUCUAGACAGCAAUGACGUUCGCGGAGGAAAAGACUUACGAGUAUAUCCGCUACCAUUACAGCAAUUUUGUCGACCGCAUUCAUGUUCUGGAGAUACUGCCUUACCUGUCCUGCCUCACCACAAGUGACCAGGACCGACUGCGGGCCUCUUGCCAGCUCUCUGGGAACCAGGGCACCCUCUGGGAGCUCUUCAGCAGCCUUCGGCGGCGGAUCGGCUGGGUGGAGUCCCUCAUCAGUGCACUGAGGGCCUGUGAGCUGGUGGAUCUUGCUGACGAAGUGGCUCGCAUCUACCACAGCAACCUGCCCGGGGUCCGGAACCAGCCUCCAGCCCCAGUGGAACCACAGUUAGUUCCUGCUGAAGUUCCACGGCCCUCUAAACCUGCUGUGGCCCCCAGGGCCCCCCACAACGGCUACAGAGAGGAGGAGCCAAGUUUCCCCUUGCCAGUCCAGGACACCCAGCCAUCAGAGUCCCCGGAAGAGAGUUCAAAGAAAGUCCCACUGAUGCCCCAUUCUGGGGAUGUCCUGAGGAGGCCCGCUGGCCCCCUGGAGUCCUCCUCUGACAUGGCGGCCUUCAGCCCUCUGACCUCCAGUGGACAUCAAGAGCAGGACACAGAACUAGGCGGUGCCCACACACCAGGCACGGCCUCCAGCCUCCCCUCAUCCCGUGGGCCUGUGUCUCCAUCUGUCUCCUUCCAGCCCCUGAGCCGUUCCACCCACAGGGCGAGCCGUUUGCCUGCACCCUCCGCGUCAGUGCCAUCUGCUGGCACCUCCUCCUCGUCCAUGGGCUUGGCCAGUGCCGGGGGCGCUGGUGACUACCGUGAGGCCGGCGUCUGCUCCACGGGGGCUGGGGUGUCCACAAGCUCACUGACCACCAGCAUUGCGUCCUCCAGGGUUCCUGCCAGCUCAGCACUUGACAGAACAGUGCCUUCCAAGUUGCCUGCCAGCUCAAAACCCUCAGGGGCAGUAGCCACUAAUGUGCUCACAAGUCUGCCACCGUCCAAACUACCCAUCAACUCAGUGCGUGCUGGCACAGCAGCACCCAGAGUGCCUACAGGCUUGGUGCCCGAGCCCAGGAUGUCCACAAGCACGGUGCCCAGCAAGGCGCCCGCCAGCACUGUGCCCUCCGUCAGGAGCCACACACCCUCAGAGGAGACUGCAGGAGCUCCAGGGCCCACCAUCUCCACCAGAGACAGCUUGCCCGAGCCAAACCCAAGCUCUUCUGGCUGGGAGUCCGAGUUGGAGCUGAGCAAGCCAGGCUGUCUGGCCUCCCGGGUGGACAGUGAGCCAUUCUCGGGCUGCUCUGCGGACCUGGCCCUCAGCUACAGCAAGUCCUUGGAUGCGGGGCCUGACAAUGCCCCAGAGGAGAACGAGUACCAGUCGGUAGAUUCCAUUAGGAUCCAAGUGACCCAGGACCCCAGCGUUGACCUGCUGGAGGGUAAUCCUGGGCCGCGUGCCACCCCGGAGCCCCUGGAGGAGGAGGAUUACAUCCAGGUCAGCACCUGGGCUCCGUGGCUCAGGGCAGCUGCUACUGGGGUGUUCCUGACCUUGUUCCUGGCAGUGGUCUACAGGCGGCGCCUGCUCCAGUGAAGCCCCUGGGUCCUCUGUGCUGGGAAUCUGCUCCCUUUCCCAGAAGACAUCCAGCCCAAGCACGGACUGUGCUGUCUUCCUGCCUUGUCCCUUUUGUGGGGCUGGUGGAGCCUGGGUCAGAGGGGAUCCAGGGGGCCUCAGGCCACAUUUCUGUCCCAGCUCAUGCCCUCUCCAUGUGCUAUAGACCUUGCCUACCCUGCAAUCUGGAUUAUCACCUUUAUUCUCUGGAGGAGGUGAGGUACGCCCAUCCAGGUUGUAUACCCAUUUGUCUGAGUCCACAGAUCGGGAAGUACCACUGGUUGGCAAUGCCCCCCAUCCUGCCCCUGUGCAG